AUGUACGGAAUCCCUAUGGAAUACAUUCGUGAACUCAAGUUCUUUACUGAACUCUCUGUGCUCAAUCAUCCAAAUAUUCUUAAACUCUACGACUGUUUUAUUAAAAAUGACCGAAUCCACCUUAUUAUUGAGCGGUGUCGAGGAGAUUUGCUUGGUGUGAUAAGCGAUAAAUCCAUAAAUCUCUCAUUAGCCGAUAUAAAAGCCAUCAUGUACGAAGUCCUUUCUCCCCUAAAGCUAUGCCACUCCCAAUACAUUGCUCAUCGAGAUGUAAAGCCCGAGAACUAUUUAAUCGGAGAGGACAAACACCUUCGUCUCUCCGAUUUCGGUUUGUCUCGCUAUGUCGGAACGCCGCGUCCCUACACCACGGACGUGCAAACACUCUUUUACCGAGCACCCGAGGUGUUAAUGAAAUCCACAUUGUACACAACUGCUGUCGACAUUUGGUCCGUUGGGUGCAUCUUCGGUUCCUUAUUCCUCCGAGCCCCGCUCUUCCUCGGAGCAACGAACGAGGAGGUUUUGUAUUCGAUUUUUUACUUGCUUGGGACACCGAAAAAAGAGAACUGGCCCGAAAUGGAAACAUUCGCGAAUUAUGUCGAGUUCAGUCAGACGUUCGAGCCGCAGAAGCCGACUUCGCUGUUUCCGAAGGCUUCGGAUGAGGCACGCGAUUUGUUGUAUCGGAUGUUGGACUACAAUCCGGAGACGCGAAUCACUGCCGAGCAGGCGCUACAACAUCCUUUCUUUACGAGUGGACCUGAAAUGACGCCGGUAACCGAAUUGCCUUUUUAG